GCCAUGGCCUCAGAUUUUGGCCCAGCGAGGGAGGGGUCUUUGAAUCACACACACAAAGUCCACAUCACAGAAAACAAAGAAACUAUGAACCCCAUUUCUCCACAUCCCACAGAGAAGACAAUGGUUGGUUCUGAUUCUGAAAGAUGAAGGCGGAGAAGAAGACUCGUGAGUUGUUAUGCGUCUUCCAUGGCCUUUCAUUGCGCUCGUUACUCUUUUUCACCGUCGCCGGGCAAACCCAAGUUCAAGUUAGUUCACAGAAGCAACCCCGCCGUUCUGUUUUCUUCUCUCCGAACCACUCGGGCUUCUUACAGCACUCUCGUCUCAGAGGCCGUUAGGAUAUUGGUUCCUCCAGCAAGAUUUGAAGCUUCAAAGUUAAAAGUUGUACUCACUAGGGAGCUGAACAAGUCUGCAGGAAUCAUCCCAAGAACAUAUAUACUAUCACAUUGUGACUUCACUGCUAAUCUCACCUUAACCAUCUCUGAUGUUAUCAACCUUGAUCAGUUAAGAGGGUGGUACAACAAGGAUGAUGUGGUUGCUGAGUGGAAGAAAGUGAAGGAUGAAAUGUGUCUUCAUGUACAUUGCUACGUGAGCGGUCCCAAUUCUUUGCUUGACCUUGCUGCCGAGUUUAGAUACCACAUUUUCUCCAAAGAAUUGCCUCUUGUGCUUGAAUCUGUUCUAUAUGGGGAUUCAGUUCUGUUUGGAGAGAAUCCCGAGCUGCUAGAUGCAUUGGUCAGGGUAUAUUUUCAUUCGAGUUCACAAAAGUACAAUCGACUCGAAUGCUGGGGACCGCUCAAGGAUGCCGUGCUGGGGAGGCAUCACCAUAUGCAAGGGCUCCUAAGGGGAAGCAAGGAUAUGUCUUCUCCUAAGAAGUUGAGAAGCCCCAAAUCAAUAUUUCAAGCUCUCUUUGCCUUCCUUCUUUGAACUUCAUUACAUAAACAAACUGGUAAAAUGCUCGAUCAUCCCCAGAAAUAAGAAUGUAAUUUAACAUCCAUUUCAUUCAAUGCCCUUGUGGAAGGAGCCAAGGGUGCUCUUGUUUUGUUGAAUAUAUGAGUAACUCAUUGGAAAGGGAGGGAGGGAUUUAUGUGGGUCAGUUUAUUCUUUUACCAAAAAGGGCAUAUUUGUUCUUGAAAUUCUUGUGUAAAUGACAACAAUUCCUUGAAGAAUUGUUUGAUGGCUAAUCUGCAUUUUCAUCACUUUCUUACACUUCAA